AUGGGCGAUACGCAGAGGAUAGUUAAACGUCGUCGUGUAUACGAGGCCCAUAACUCUGGCAUCGACCCUGACAAUGAUGCUGAAGAAGAAGAAGAUGAUGAUGAUACGCAUCACGAUUCAAAUGUCGUAGAUAAACCUCAUAGAUAUGGUGAUAACAGACCAUAUCUUAAGAAGUUCGCUUUAGUUUUUUUUAAACAUAAAUACUAUCGGUGGGAUUCGCUAAAUGAAGGCAUGAUCGAAAAUGGAGUUAAAAGUGUGGUGCAAGAUUGUUAUUUGGACAUAAUGAGUGAAUAUCGACAUGAAUAUGCAAAUAGAGCUCGAGCGGCCGGUCACAACAUCGCAGACACAAAUAAUGACAUUGCAAUCAUGCGGCAUUUUGAGCCUAUUACUUUCAAUGAGGACGUAUGGAAGGAUUUGUGUAAAUAUUGGGACACAGAUGCUUGGAGAAAGAAUUCGGCGGCCGGGAGGACCAACCGUAUGAGCAAUGACAACACCGGUACAAUUUCGAGCCAUACAGGGGGAUCUAGGGGAUACGAUCAGUAUCGACUGGAAUUGGAGAGACACACUAGUGUCAUGGUUGAAAAGUACAGGGAGGACCUAACUCGACAUCUAGAAGGCGAUGUUGACUUGUGGGUGCAAGCACAAGAAGGGAGAGGCAAAUGCAGAUGUAUUUACGGGGUAGGAUGUCCAGAUCUACAUUUCGUUGUCACGGGGACAUCAUCCAACGAGAACAAACCGACCUCUUCUGACUACCAGCAGUCACACCAACAGGUCUGGGAAUUGGAACAAGCUCAUGCUGCCAACAAAAUGGUGAAAUGGCCGAAAGACAAGCACAAAUGA